GAGCUAGCGCGACGAGGCGGCCUCUAUGGUCUUCCUCUCCUUCUGGCGUCGGGCAAUGGCCGCGGUGUAGUCACCACGGAGGUAGAACCCCGCACGCACAUCGUGCUCCGGCGCGUCAGGAUUUGAAUUUAGAGUUUAGUUUCCCAUAACAUUCUCUACAAGAAGAAUCUUGGCAGUAUCUCAAAGACAUCACUGACUUCUGGAUCCUGCAUAAAGCCCAAGGAGAAAAGAAAUGGGCCGCUCCAAUUCUAGAUCACAUUCUUCAAGAUCCAAGUCUAGAUCACAGUCUAGUUCUAGAUCAAGAUCAAGAUCACAUUCUAGAAAGAAGAGAUACAGUUCUAGGUCUCGUUCCAGAACAUAUUCGAGGUCUCGUAGUAGAGAUCGUAUUUAUUCUAGAGAUUAUCGUCGAGAUUACAGGAAUAAUAGAGGAAUGAGACGACCUUAUGGGUACAGAGGAAGGGGUAGAGGGUAUUACCAAGGAGGAGGAGGGAGAUACCAUCGCGGUGGCUAUAGACCUGUCUGGAAUAGAAGGCACUCUAGGAGUCCUAGACGAGGUCGGUCACGGUCCAGGAGUCCAAAAAGAAGAUCCGUGUCUUCUCAAAGAUCCCGAAGCAGAUCUCGCCGGUCAUACAGAUCCUCUAGGUCUCCAAGAUCAUCGUCAUCUCGUUCUUCAUCCCCAUAUAGCAAAUCUCCUGUCUCUAAAAGACGAGGGUCUCAGGAAAAACAAACCAAAAAAGCUGAGGGGGAACCCCAAGAAGAGAGUCCUUUGAAAAGCAAAUCGCAGGAGGAACCCAAGGAUACUUUUGAACAUGAUCCAUCUGAGUCUAUUGAUGAGUUUAAUAAAUCUGCUACUUCUGCUGAUANCUGGCCUGGCCUUUCAGCUUAUGAUAAUAGCCCAAGGUCACCUCAUAGUCCUUCACCUAUUGCUACACCACCCAGUCAGAGUUCAUCAUGCUCAGAUGCCCCCAUGCUUAGUACAGUCCACUCUGCCAAAAACACCCCUUCUCAGCAUUCACAUUCCAUCCAGCACAGUCCUGAGAGGUCUGGAUCUGGUUCUGUUGGAAAUGGGUCUAGUCGAUACAGUCCUUCUCAGAAUAGUCCGAUUCAUCACAUCCCAUCACGAAGAAGUCCUGCAAAGACAAUCACACCACAGAAUGCUCCAAGAGAGGAAUCUAGGGGGCGGUCCUCUUUUUAUCCUGAAGGAGAUCAGGAAACAGCAAAGACAGGAAAGUUUUUAAAAAGGUUCACAGAUGAAGAGUCUAGAGUAUUCCUGCUUGAUAGGGGUAGUAUCAGGGAUAAAGAGGCUCCGAAGGAGAAAGGGUCAGAGAAAGGCAGGGCAGGCGGGGAUUGGGAGGAUCAGGAAGUUCUAGAUUACUUUAGUGAUAAAGAGUCUGCAAAACAAAAAUUCCAUGACUCUGAAGGGGAUGACACAGAGGAGACAGAGGAUUAUAGACAGUUUAGGAAGUCAGUCCUGGCAGAUCAGGGGAAGAGCUUUGCUAGCUCAUCUCACCGGAAUACUGAGGAGGAAGGACCCAAGUACAAGUCCAAAGUUUCAUUAAAAGGCAAUAGAGAAAGUGAUGGAUUUAGAGAAGAAAAAAACUAUAAACUGAAAGAGACUGCAUACAUAGUGGAAAGGCCUAGCACUGCAAAAGACAAGCACAAGGAAGAAGACAAGGGCUCUGACAGAAUAACAGUGAAGAAAGAAGUGCAGUCCCCGGAGCAGGUAAAGUCUGAAAAGCUCAAAGAGCUCUUUGAUUACAGUCCCCCUCUACACAAGAGUCUGGACGCUCGAGAAAAGUCCAUCUUCAGAGAGGAGAGCCCACUGAGGAUCAAAAUGAUAGCCAGUGAUUCUCACCGUCCUGAAGUUAAACUCAAAAUGGCACCUGUUCCUCUCGACGAUUCCAAC